UUUAGCACAAAGCACGUUUCCAAAAAGCCGCGCUCUCGCGCACGCACCCCCUCCCCCCUUUGUUUCGGGGGUCGCCAGAUCGCUCUCCUCCCCAAGUCCGAAUUCUUCAGAAGGGGCGGAGGGCCGCCGAGUCUCGGCUGAGAAGAUGCCCUUGGAGCUGACUCAGAGCCGGGUGCAGAAGAUCUGGAUCCCGGUCGACCACCGCCCCUCGUUGCCCAGAUCCUGUGGGCCGAAGCUCACCAACUCCCCAACGGUGAUUGUCAUGGUGGGCCUCCCCGCCCGGGGGAAGACGUACAUCUCCAAGAAGCUGACCCGCUACCUCAACUGGAUUGGCGUCCCCACGAAAGUGUUCAACGUGGGCGAGUACCGCCGGGAAGCCGUGAAGCAGUACAGCUCCUACAACUUCUUCCGCCCUGACAACGAGGAGGCCAUGAAAGUCCGCAAGCAGUGUGCGCUGGCUGCCUUGAGAGAUGUCAAAAGUUACCUGACGAAGGAAGGGGGCCAAAUUGCGGUUUUCGAUGCCACCAAUACUACUCGAGAGAGGAGACACAUGAUCCUUCAUUUUGCCAAAGAAAAUGAUUUCAAGGUGUUUUUCAUUGAGUCUGUGUGUGAUGAUCCUACAGUUGUGGCCUCCAACAUCAUGGAAGUGAAAAUCUCCAGCCCGGAUUACAAAGACUGCAACUCAGCAGAAGCUAUGGAUGAUUUCAUGAAGAGAAUUAAUUGCUAUGAAGCCAGCUACCAGCCCCUCGACCCCGAUAAAUGUGACAGGGACCUGUCGCUGAUCAAGGUGAUCGACGUGGGCCGGCGGUUCCUGGUGAACAGGGUCCAGGACCACAUCCAGAGCCGCAUCGUGUACUACCUGAUGAACAUCCACGUGCAGCCCCGCACCAUCUACCUGUGCCGGCACGGGGAGAGCGAGCACAACCUCCAGGGCAAGAUCGGAGGGGACUCAGGCCUGUCCAGCAGGGGCAGGAAGUUCGCCAAUGCCCUGAGCAAGUUUGUGGAGGAGCAGAACCUCAAGGACCUCAAGGUGUGGACCAGCCAGCUGAAGAGCACCAUCCAGACGGCGGAGGCCCUGCAGCUCCCCUACGAGCAGUGGAAGGCGCUCAACGAGAUUGACGCCGGCGUCUGUGAGGAGAUGACCUACGAGGAGAUCAAAGACACCUACCCCGAGGAGUACGCACUGCGCGAGCAGGACAAGUACUACUACCGCUACCCCACCGGGGAGUCCUACCAAGACCUGGUCCAGCGCCUGGAGCCGGUGAUCAUGGAGCUGGAGCGGCAGGAGAAUGUGCUGGUCAUCUGCCACCAGGCCGUCCUGCGCUGCCUCCUGGCCUACUUCCUGGACAAGAGCGCAGAGGAGAUGCCCUACCUGAAAUGCCCCCUUCAUGCCGUCUUGAAGCUGACACCUGUCGCUUACGGCUGCCGAGUAGAAUCCAUCUACCUGAACGUGGAGUCCGUGAGCACGCAUCGGGAGAGGUCAGAGGCUGUCAAACUCCAGCACUCUGCCAGCAUCGGUCCGACCCUUUCUUUUACACCGAGUGUGAUGUUCUUGUCCCUGUUCCCGAGGAGCUUGGAUGCAAAGAAGGGACCUAACCCGCUCAUGAGACGCAAUAGUGUCACCCCACUAGCCAGCCCCGAGCCCACCAAAAAGCCUCGCAUCAACAGCUUUGAGGAGCAUGUGGCCUCUACCUCCGCUGCCCUGCCCACCUGCCUGCCCCCGGAGGUGCCCACGCAGCUGCCCGGACAAAACAUGAAAGGCUCCCCGAGCGGCGCGGAGGCCUCCAGGACGCACUGAUGCAGCCCCGCCGGCGCCCCGCCCUUUCGCUCCCGCAGCUUUGCUCCUGCCCUUCUGUCUGCCCAAGGCCAGCGAUCCCGAGGACAUCUCCCGGAGGGCGGCGUGGAGGAGGGGCUGCUGCUCCAGGAGGACCGGGCCCCCGCCUGCCUGUGCUCGCUCCCCUGGCCUUCGGGCCACGCGCCCCGCGGACCCCUUGAGGCCCGGGAAGGACGAUGUGCAUUGGAGGCGGGACGGCGGCGCCUCCCCGUGGGCUUGUUCAUCUUGUUUCUGGACCUUCCCUGCUGGGGAGAUGACACUGCCCCGAGUCCUAACCUUAAAGGGGGCCUGGAUCUCAGCUGCUGAAGGUUAAGGGACACUGAAGACUUUCAGAAGGCUCUUGGUGCCUCUCGGCCUGGACGUUGCCUCCUGCAGGGAGCCCUCGGCCCGUGCUAGGUUGGAGUCGGCCGGGAGAGCCCGGAGCUGGACCUGCUGGUCAGCCAGGCAGCGACCCUCCACAUGUCGCUCACCCUCCCAGGUAUGUGUCCCGCCUCUGAAGAUGGUGUGGGACCGUCUAGCUGCGGAGGCAGGAGGAAAUACGUUGCUGCAAGAGCACCAGGGCCUCGCCUCCCAGGGAAGGCUCCCGCCUGGAUUCGAGGCACCUGGGACACGGCUCUCCCGGGGCUGCUGGCUCGUGCACUUUUUUUAUGGCAGAGAGUGUGACCUGAAAGUCACACCUUCAGGAACUUAGAUGUUUGCAUUUUGCGCCCUUGGGGUUGGAGCUCUGAAAGGAUGGGGGAGUUGGGCAGCCUGUGGGGAGGGGAGGGACCCCUCACCCCAUAAAACGGCCGCGGAACGAGGGUCUGGCCUCCUCCUCUGGGGCCUUCAUCACCUCCUGUGUUUCCCUGGUGGGGACAGUGACCCAAGCCAGGCCUCGCUCACGGCCACUUCCUCCAAGAGCCUGGCUAUCCGCUGUCUCCUGGCAGGAUUCAGCUCGGUUCCCUAUGCUUGUGUCGAGCGUCUGCUGUGUGCCCGGCGUGGAGCUGGGUGCCUUGGGCGAUUCUGGAGUCCUCGUUUGCCUUCAUGGCACCUGUGGCAUUUUGGGGGCGUGGUUCAAGGCAGGGCUUGUGGACACGUGGUUCUGAACACCUGUAGUUUCUGCCUGCGGGUUUUCCUCUGAGGCCUCCGG